GGGGUGUUGGAAAGACCACCCUGGUGAAAGAAGUUGCAAAGCUUGCUGAGAAACAUCACCUCUUCGAUGAGGUAGUGAUGGCAGUGGUGUCCCAAACACCAGAUACAAGGAAAAUUCAAGUUGAAAUUGCGGACAAGUUGGGAUUAACAUUUGAUGUAGAAAGUGAGUCGGCUAGGGCGGGUUGCUUAUGGGAAAGAAUAAGGAAAGAGAAGAAAAUACUCGUAAUCCUGGAUGAUUUGUGGACCGUACUUGAUUUGGAGGCUGUAGGAAUUCCACACGCUAAUGCUCAUGAAGGUUGCAAAAUUGUUUUGACAUCUCGAGACAGAGAUGUAUGCGUUGUGAUGAAUGCUCAGAAAAGUUUUUACAUCGAAGUCUUAUCUGAAAUAGAUGCAUGGACUCUAUUCAAGCAAUGGGCUGGUGAUAUUGUUGAGUCUCGAGAUGUGGAUCCAAUUGCGCAUAAGGUAGCUAAAGAGUGUGCAGGCUUGCCAAUUACGAUCGUCACUGUUGCAGCAGCUUUGAAGGGUAAGAGUUAUGAGGUGUGGAGGGAUGCACUACGCCAAUUAGGGAAUUCUGAGCCAAAAACUAUCAGAGACAUGAAUAGAUAUGUUUAUUCGAGGCUAGAGUGGAGUUAUAACUUUUUGGAAAGUGAAGAACUCAAAUAUUUCUUCUUAUGGUGUUAUCUAUUUCCAGAAGAUUUUUACAUCCCUUUCGAAAGUUUGGUGAGAUAUGGAACGGGCCUAAAGUUGUUUGGAAAUGUUAAUAAUGUUAUCGAAGCAAGAGACAGGGCAAAAGCAAUGGUUGAUGACCUUAAAGCACGUUGUUUAUUAUUGGAUGGUCAUCGCCCUGAAUAUAGUAGAAUGCAUGAUGUUAUUAGAGAUUUUGCUAUAUGGGUGGCAUCAAGUGGUGAGCAUGAUUUUUUGGUAAGAGCAGGAUCCAUGUUGGUAGAAUGGCCUAAAGAUGAUGCACUCAGCCGUCAUACUGCAAUCUCAUUACUUGAAACUCGUAUUAAAGAGUUCUCUGACAGCCCUUCUUGUCCGAAACUUGAUAUUUUGUUCUUAUCGAAUACCUUUUUUUUACCUGAAGUCAAUAUUUCGGGUGAAUUCUUUAAAGGGAUGGAAAACUUGAAAGUUUUAGGCAUGACUUCCAUGAAUAUUCCAUCAAUGCCACCAUCCAUGAAAUACUUGAAGAAACUUCAAACAUUAUGCUUAGAAAGGUGCAAGCUUCCAGAAAUAUCAUCAGUGAUCGGAGAGUUAAAGGACCUAGAAAUUCUCGGCUUUAGUGGAUCUGAAGUUGUGGAAUUACCGCGAGGAAUCGGACAACUCAUUCGUUUAAGGCUCUUAGAUUUGACAUAUUGUUCAGGUUUGAAAUUAAUUCCAGCUGGUGUCAUAGCAAGCUUGACCCGAUUGUAAUGCUUGUACCUGAGAAAUAGUUUUAAGGACUGGAGUGUUGAUGGUCAAGACAUGGGAAGAAAUAAUGCAAGCCUUACAGAGUUGAAACAUCUUUCUUACUUAAGAACCUUAGAAAUUCAAGUACCAGAUGUUGAGUUAUGUCCUAAAAAUUUUCUGUCUAAGAAUCAAAUCAAUCAAUUGAUUGAAUAUAAAAUUGCUAUAGGUAGCAGGUAUCAAUGGUCGGCUGUAGAGAAUAAUUCAAGGGCCUUGGAACUCUCGAGAUGUCAAAGUAUUAUUCAAGAAGGUGGUGGGGUCAAUAUGAUGUUAAAAAGAGUAGAAGCAUUGAUCCUAAAGGGAUUGGAGGAUGUGGCGACUGUUCUCAAUUAUUUUAGAAUCGAUGCAUUUCCAAAUCUUAAGCGUUUGAAGGUUGAUGGGUGUGGUGGUAAGAUUGAAUAUCUAGUUGACACCACGGAAACGAUGCCACCUUCUAUUUUUCCAGUGGUGGAGAUAUUAGACCUCCGAAGCAUGCAAGACUUGAGACAGAUAUGCCAUGGCCAUCUCCCAUCUACAUCUUUUUCUGUACUACGUGAGUUGUGGCUUGACAACUUACCUGAGUUAAUAAAUUUGUGGGAGGAUCCCACUGGCCAAGCACCGCUUUCUAGCCUAAGGCAAGUAAAGGUACGUAAUUGUCACAAAAUGAAAUACCUCUUUCAGCAAGAUAUAAUAGUAGGAGAUCUUGGGCAGCUCGAAUACCUAAAUCUAGAUAGUUGCGACAAUAUGGAAGCGAUACUUGCAAUCAAUGCAGAAGGAGCAGCGGCACAAGCGGAUGAAAUUGUCUUACACAAGUUGGAAGAGUUGAACCUUGAGAAUCUACCAAACCUCGUGAGAUUUUUUUGCAAAACAAAUAGUUUGGCUUCAGAUAGCAGUUCUUAUAUCCGGGCACAUGAACCUCUAUUCAACAGAAAGGUUGUAUUUCCAGCAUUGGAGAGGUUGUCUCUCGAGAAACUAGACAUGGAAGAGAUAUGGCACAGACAAUUGCUUCCUGCCAAGAACUUCAACAGAUUGAGAGAACUGUCAAUAAACAAUUGUGAACACCUAAUCACAAUUUUUCCAUCCAAUUUGGGACAGUUGUUACAGAAUUUAGAAGAAUUGUUUGUUUCAGAAUGUCAUUUGUUGGAGGAUCUAUAUGAAGGAGAUAAUGCAACUUCAGUUACACUACCAAAGAUUUGGACUGUUUGUUUGCAGGGUUUACCAAAAUUGAAGGGUACAUGGUGGAACAAGGCCUGCCAUGAAUCUCGUAGCUUCGAGAAUCUCAAUGAACUGACUAUCCGUGGAUGUAAUUGUAUGAGAUAUCUUUUCUCUUUUACCACAUCGAAACUUCUUAUUAAACUCCACGAGUUGGAAAUAGAAGAAUGUGAUAUGAUGAAAGAGAUAAUAGCAAUCGAAAGAGUGGAAGAUGGAGAGGUCGUUGAUGCAAUUGUGUUCCCUAAAUUAUUUUCCCUGUCCCUUCGUCGAAUGCCUGAACUCACAAGCUUCUACCAAGGGAAUUGUACUUUAGAAUUCCAAUCUUUGGUAGAAUUGAAGAUUGAAAAAUGUCCCAAGAUGCACACAUUUGUUGGUUCAAGCACAAAUAGGUCAAAAGAAGCAAGUGAGGAAAGGUUAGAAGGGCAAACAGAUCAAGAAGGCACUGUGAAACCAUUUUUCAACAAAAAAGUUGUACUUCCCGCCCUGGUGUUCUUGACUCUUCAGAGACUAGAUAACCUGAAAAAGAUAUGGGAAAACAAACUUCCAAUAGAUUGCUUUAAUCAAUUAAGUUUUCUUUCGGUGCGUGAAUGUAACAAUUUGUUACAAGUUGCACCAUCCAAAUUACUCCCAAUGCUACACUAUUUGAGAGAGCUUAUUGUAGAAGAAUGUGAUUUAGUGGAAGAGGUCCUAGAACAAGUAGAAGAUUCUGGAGGAAAAGUUAUGUUCCCUUAUGUACAGACUCUUCGACUUGCACAUCUACCAAACCUCAAGAGUUUCUACCUGGGAAAUCAUGCUUUGGAAUGGCCAUUCUUAAAAAAAGUGGAAUUUGAAGACUGCCCCAAGAUGCAAACCUUCUCUUCAGGGCUCCUACUUACACCCAAGCAAGAUAUUAGUUCAUUAGGGUGGUUGGAAAGGUUCUGGAAAGGAGACCUUAACAGCACUGUCCAACACGUUUUCAAAGAGGGAAAACUUGGUGAAGGGGAGGAGAAAGAAGAAGAAGAAACUUUGACCACUCAACAAUUCCCAAGAGAAGUAUGCAAAGAAGCAGAAGAUAAAGCAUAAAAUGCAAGGAACUCUCUUGCCAUCAGAAGGUGAAAAAUGUCGACGACUUACCACAAAUGCCACGGAAGGUUACUCAAGCUUCACACCACCUAUGAUCUGCCCUACACUUCCUUGCAACUACUGUUAUGAAUGUGCAUCAAUUUAGUAGAUUAAAACGUGAAAAAAGGUUCAUGGACAAGGAGAAUUUGUAAGAAGUCUAACACUUACCAUAGUUCAUGUAUUUCGAUGAAAUUAAGGUGUAUAGUAUAUUAUGCAUAUUGUGUUGCUAUUCGUAAAGGGAAACUACGCAAGUAUGUCUAUAUGUGCCCAUUUGUGUAUGAUAAUUUUGAAUGCGCAUUACGUGCAAAUUUCAAGAAGAAUUCUUAUUUGUUGUCACAUCUUUGUUACAUAGUGAAACUAUGAUUUGUAGUCUAUAAACAUUCUAAGCAUUAAACUUG